GAAAUGAGAUGUUUUUAUCACAGUAUCAAAAAUAUUAAGAUACGAUGAUUCUUAUACUGUUCGCGUUUUCCGCGAUACUUUUUAACGGUGUACAUUCCGUAUGUCUUAAAAAUUCGAUAACAACUGCAAGUGGUUUACACGCACCCAAGAACAAGAGUCUCUGUUCUGGUCAACUGAUCUUUGAAGACAACUUUAAUUGGUUGGACACCUCGAAAUGGGACCAUGAACAAACCUUAACUGGUGGUGGAAACAACGAAUUCCAAUGGUAUACGGAUAAUAGACGUAACAGUUAUACUUACAACGGCCAAUUACACAUCAAACCCACUUUUGUCGCAGAUGAAUAUGGAGAAGAUUUCUUAUAUUCUGGUACUAUUGAUAUAGGAGCUGCCUGCACAGGUGGCGACAACGAAGGUUGCAGAAGAACUGGUUCACCCAAUGCCAUAGUCAAUCCCAUCGUAAGUGCUCGUAUGAGGACAUUGCACUCAUUCUCAUUUAAAUACGGCAGGGUUGAAGUUAAUGCUAAAAUACCAUCUGGAGAUUGGUUAUGGCCAGCUGUCUGGAUGUUACCAACUAACUGGGAGUAUGGAAAUUGGCCAGCAUCUGGAGAAAUCGACAUCAUGGAAAGUAGAGGAAACCGUCAGUAUUAUGCCCCCAAUGGACAAAACGUUGGAACUGCAACAGAAUCAUCUACUCUACAUUGGGGACCUACUCCACAAUUCAACAAACAACUGAAGACUCACUGGGAAAAGAUCAAUUAUAACGGUGGUUGGGAUAACGCUUUCCAUAGAUAUCAAGUGGAAUGGACGCCUGAACAUAUUAAAUUUUCCUGCGAUGAUCAAGAACUUGGUACAAUUACACCCCCAUCUGGAGGCUUCUGGGAAUACGGUGAUCUUGGACCAUCUGGAUUGCCAAACCCAUGGUCUGGAGGAACUAGAAUGGCUCCAUUUGACAAAGAGUUCCAUCUUAUAAUUAAUUUGGCUAUUGGAGGAGCUUAUUUCAACGAUGAAUUUGACAAUAAAGCUUAUAAGAAACCCUGGACUAGCACUGAACCUUACCGUCAGGGUAUGACAAAAUUCUGGCAAGCUAAUCAAAAAUGGAAACCAACCUGGAAUUUGAACUCAGAUGACUCACAUCUUAAGGUUGAUUACGUAAGAGUUUGGGCUUUGUAAUUAUUUACAAACAAAUUAUAUUAUAUAAUAAAAUAAACUAAAAAAAACAUCGUUUCCAUUACAAAAUACCUAAAAUACUUUAAAAAAAUGUCGAGCCAUUUUGCUGUUAAAUAAACAUUUGAUUGAUUCAAA